AUGGUUAAAGAGGCGGAUAGGAUGGUUAAAGAGGCCGAAAAGUUCGCAAAGGAAGAUAAGGAAAAAAGAGAUGCUAUCGACACGAAAAAUCAGGCGGAAUCUGUUGUCUGCCAAACUGAAAAGCAGCUUAAGGACAAGGUUCCUCCUCCGGUCAAGGAGAAGGUGGAGACCAAACUGAAUGAACUAAAGGAUGCCAUCUCAGUGGGUUCAACUCAAACCAUUAAGGAUGCAAUGGCCUCACUGAACCAAGAAGUCAUGCAACUAGGGCAGUCUCUAUAUAGCCAGUCGGGGCCUCCUGGUUCUGGACCUGCACCUGAUGGUAAUGCUGCUGCGCCGUUUGGGUCAACUGGUAGUGCAGGUGAUGGAGAUGGAGAUGUGAUCGACGCGGACUUCAGCGAAAGCAAUUGAAUGAAUUAAUAUGACUUUUUUUCCUCCCAUUUAGGUAGGUUCUGUGAAUUUUGUAUAUAUUUAGCAUGAAGAAAUCAUUUCCUAUCAAUGGUGUCGAAGACAUUCCCUGUUGAAUCUCUGUUAUCCCUCAAGGGAUGUCUUGCAAUGUGCAACUUUGUGCAUUUUCUUGUAA